CGGGCGGUGCUUCUUUAAGCCCGGCGCCACCGCAUCGCCUCCUGCCUAGGUCUCGCUGGCGGCCAGGCCGGGGCUGCGGUAUCUGCGAUGGAACUUCACAUCCUAGAGCACCGGGUGCGAGUACUGAGCAUUGCCCGUCCGGGCCUCUGGCUCUACACGCACCCGCUCAUCAAGCUGCUCUUCCUGCCCUGUCGCAGUCGGUGCAGGUUCUUCAGCCUGACCGAGACUCCGGAAGACUACACUCUCAUGGUGGACGAGGAGGGCUUGAAAGAGCUACCCCCAUCCGAGUUCCUGCAAGUGGCUGAAGCCACAUGGCUGGUGAUGAACGUAUCUCACAGUGGCUCCGUGGUGCAGGCUGCUGGAGUAACCAAGAUUGCCCGGUCUGUCAUUGCCCCGCUGGCUGAACACCAUGUGUCUGUUCUGAUGUUGUCCACAUACCAGACAGACUUCAUCCUGGUACGGGAGCAGGACCUGUCUGUGGUGAUCCACACACUGGCCCAGGAGUUCCAAAUCUACCGUGAAGUAGGCGGAGAGCCUGUGCCUGUUACUGGAGACGAUUCCAGCAAUGGCUUUCCCCAAAUCCAGCACGGGCCCAGUCCCACGGUGCAUCCCAUUCAGAGCCCUCAGAACCGCUUUUGUGUCCUCACACUGGACCCUGAGACACUGCCGGCUGUCGCCACCACCCUCAUCGAUGUCCUCUUCUACUCCCACAGUGUCCCCAAGGAGGCGGCCUCCGGCGGUCCUGAAUCAACGUCCAUUCCGUUCUUCGCUUUCUCCCUCAUCGAGGGGUACAUCUCCAUUGUCAUGGAUGCAGAGAUCCAGAAAAAGUUCCCCAGUGACCUCCUGCUGACCAGUUCUUCUGGGGAGCUGUGGAGGAUGGUGCGCAUCGGGGGACAGCCCCUGGGCUUCGAUGAAUGUGGGAUUGUGGCCCAGAUCGCGGGUCCCCUGGCGGCUGUUGACAUCUCUGCUUACUACAUCAGCACAUUCAACUUUGACCAUGCGCUGGUUCCUGAAGAUGAGAUCGGUUGUGUCAUUGAUAUUCUCCAGCGAAGGCAGGAAGGCCAGGCUUCCUAGGAUCCAUAGGGAAACACUAGACUCCCAGCAUUCCCGUAAAGCCCCCGGGUUCCAGAGCUUCAGAACAAGUCCCUGGUCCUGCCAAGGGAUCCUGGUUCUGCUGUCUGUCUGUCAGCUGUAUGGAGCUGGGACUUGUGGCCAUGCCUGGUUCUGCUGUCUGUCUGUCAGCUGUAUGGAGCUGGGACUCGUGGCCAUGCCUGCCCACAGAAGAUACCUUGGUGCUUGGGGCUUAGAUCCCCGACCCAACAUUUUCUAUGUGACCUCAGCAAUGCACAGUGCCUGCUUGCCUGCAGCUGGAGCUGCCUCUCCCCUGGCUAAGACUCACAUUCUCGGGCCGGGCUCUGACCUCCAGCCUGCCCUGCCUUCCUAGCCAGAUGAGUUCAGCAGUGCGCUCCUUUCGUGGGGCUCCGAAGGAAGAAUUAAAUCUCACUUUUAUUUUCAUGACUGUUUAUAUAAAUAAAAGACUUGUGGAGCUGU